AAACUCACUCCCUCCUACUGGCUUGUGUAUUGUCAUUUUAAUAUAUCAUGCACCACAUAGCACGCAGUCUGGUGAACAGACGGAUUCAUCUAAAUGUUGAUUAAUAUCAAUAAUUCCUAGUGAUUCACUGCCGAGCACUCGGGUUGUAUUUGAAGAAUGACAGCCAGGGAUAUCUCCAACCUCAACCGCAUCAUCUACACGUCAGUGCUGUUUGGUGCAGCCUUUGCUACGAUGACAACAACGUUGAUCGGAGUAACCUUACCCGACAUCCAAUGUUUGCUGGGCGUGGACCUGAAGACAUCCAGCUCCCUCCUGUUUGCCUAUGGUUUAGGUCUGUGCUGUAGUAGCCUGACUGUACAUUUCAUCAAGGACAAGAUGGAUACUUGUCUGUUCCUGGCGACAAUAUUGGUAUUGAACGCUGUGGUUAUUGCUGCUGUACCCACGUCUCCGUUCUUGUGGCUGACCAUCUUCUUGCUCCUCAUUGCUGGCUGGUGUACAGGAAUGUGUAUAUUUAUUCGAACUUUACACUGCUUCGUCAUAUGGCCAGACAACGCUUUUGUCGUGUCCUUAGUACAAUCAGGAGCGUCCCUUAACACAAUAAGUGUCCCCAUUGUGUCUAAUCUCUUCAGGCACAGUCGACAGGGCAUUGGUGCGGACGAAGCGUUCUGCAACACGACAACAACUCAUCCUAACUCAGAACAGAGGUGCAACGGUUUUAAUACGAUACAAUACCCCUUCAUAAUCAUGUCAGGAUUAAGUCUCCUUGUGUCCUCAGGCCUAAUGGGUUGUUACAAUACUAUCUUGAAGGAAGGCGACGUUAUGGAAGUACCCCCAUCAAUAAAAAGGAAACCAGCAGUCAACAGAAGCACAAGUCCCAUGUUUAUGUGUUUAACAAUGUGCUUUACCUUCACCUGCUCUACUUGUAAUGUAUCCUUUCAAGAGCUCUUCGUAACCUUUGGAAUUUGCACUCAACUGAACCUGGGUCUCAGCGACAUGUCCAUGAUGUAUUCUGUGUUUUCUGCCACCGCCCUCCUCAGCAGAUUAGGCAGUGUCGUCCUCUCAGCUAGGUUAAGUCUUGACAUGGUGAUGGUACUCUUCGUUUUGCUUUCCGGAGUAACAUCUGUUCUGUUCCUCAUAUUUAAGGACACAAGUAUCAUCAUGAUGUGGACAAACAGUCUUCUGUUUGCUGUCGGAAUAGGUCCCCUAUUCCCUGGAUGUCUGGCAUGGGUACAGGAGAACACGGAUGGAUCACCCCGAUUUCUGAAUGUGGUUCUAUUUUCCGACUACAUUGCCUUUUUUGAUCAGUCCCGCCAUAUGUGGCCUGAUGAUGAGUAUGAUUGGUGCCGAUGCCUUUGUAUACAUGGUUUCCGGUGCAGGUUUACUUCAGUGUGGGUUGUUUAUCUUUAUGUCUUACGAUAA